AUGCCAAUUGAUAGGAGCUACAAGGAUGUUGAAAAAGAGAUCAUAAAAAGACUCGCGGGAACACCGGGACUUGCAAGUCUCUAUGACGCCGUCCGCAAGGAUGAGAACAAUCCCUCGUUGUUGCACGCAGUUGCUGAGUUUGUGAUGCAUGAUUACCAAAGCGCCUCCGGAACCAACAUUGCUCAACCAUACAAGGGAAUACUAACAAUAUCCGACAUCCGCUGCAUGCAUCAAGAUUUCGAAGAAGGACUCAACAUGAGUCAACAAAUGGCUGAACGUCUUCUUCUCUUCCGCCUUGUGGAAGUCUACGAACGGCAAAUUGAAACAUACAAAUCUGAAACUCUGUGUUUCAAAUUGAACACAUGCGCAAUCACGGAAACCAACGAUCCGCGCUUCGCAAAGGUCGAGAAAGAAUUUGAGGAGAACUUCGAUUUCGAAGAAACAGAAGAUAUCUUCACAAAGAAAUAUCUACUGUUCCCCAAUUUUUUGGAUUUGUUUGGUUACUUCACACUGCUCAUCAAUCCGGGAGCAGCACUCAAGCAAAAAAACGGAAAGGAUUCCCAGGACAAGUGCAUUAUGGUUCAUAUUGGUAACGAGGACCAAAUGUAUAGAUAUCUCGAUCGAGUCAUCCCUCGAAUCGAAAAACUUCUAGAGUUGUUUUUGGGGUUGCAUGCAGACGAAAAAGGAUAUCUGGGAAUGGACAAAUCGCAAAUCAAACAGGAGAUCCGCUACAUCGACACUCUGCACCGAACUGACCGCCCAUUCCAAUUGAUUCAUCUAUUGGAGAAGAUGCUAAUCACUGAGAAGCCACUAAAAGAUUUCGAUGCGAUUCUCGAGCAGAUCAAGAACAAUCCAAGAGCCCUCCUCCAAAUCGAUGGAAUACGAAUCGAAAUGCUGACCACUGUGGAGAUGGCAAUCAGAGAAGGAGAGGAUAAGUCGAGAAAACACCUCCUCGAGACAGUCCGAAGAGCUGGAGAGAUAUCCCGCCAAAAACGAAUCCAACGGGAAAGAGAAGAAGCAAUUGCCGCUGAAAGACGUCAACUGAAGAGGUUUAGACCUGAUGAGGUAAUUACAAUAGAUGAUUGA